UAUACUUUUGUUCUUUGACUAUACAAUCUAUAAUCUUAGAGAGUAGAGACUGUGUUUCAGUGUUUGGCCCACGACAAAACAAAGUUGUUUAAAAUUGUUUUGUUUAAUUGUUUUGUCACGAGAGUUAGUUUAGGACUUUAGGGACAUCAUAAAGUAUAAAUUAUUGUAGUUGCAUAGGUAAAUAUGCAAUCAUAAGGGCUUGCUAAAUGAACAUAUCCUAAUAUUCUGCUGAUUACAACAAAUGUAACCACCAAACUAAAAUGCAGCCUCAAGAAAUUCAACCCAAAUAUGCAAAAUUAAAUAUAGGUGGUUCGUUAUUUUACACUACAAUUGGUACCUUGACGAAGCAUGAUACUAUGCUGAAAGCAAUGUUUAGUGGUCGGAUGAAAGUACUUACUGAUACUGAAGGUUGGGUCCUAAUUGAUCGUUGUGGCAAGCACUUUAAUUCUGUGUUGAACUUUUUGCGCGAUGAACAUGUAGCUCUUCCAGAUAAGACACAUGAAAUCGCUGAACUAUUAGCUGAAGCCAAAUUCUAUUUAAUAUCACCACUUGUUGAAUCUUGUCAACAAGCAUUAAGGUCAAGACAAUGUAAAAUCAAACCUCAGUGUCGUAUACCUCUUACGUCUUCUAGUGCAGACUUAAGUCAACUUAUUACAAUGAGUACAAAACCAACUGUUAAACUUCUUAUAAAUAGACAUAACAACAAGUAUUCAUAUACAAGUGCUUCUGAUGAUAAUUUACUAAAAAAUGUUGAAUUAUUUGAUAAACUAUCAUUGCGUUUCGGUUCAAGAUUUUUGUUUAUCAAAGAUGUCAGUGGUUCAAGUGAAAUAUGUUGCUGGAGUUAUUUUGGAUAUACAACUAAAGUCGCUGAAGUUUGUUGCACAUCUAUUGUAUAUGCUACAGACAAAAAACAUACAAAGGUUGAUUUUCCAGAAGCAAGAAUCUAUGAAGAAUGUCUUAAUUUAAUGCUCUAUGAAAAUCGUACCGAACCAGACCAAGAACUUAUGCAAGCUACGUCGUGGCGUGGUGCUGUAUCGGGUGUGUCAUCAGCUUAUGGAAGUGAUGAUGAAGAAGAACGAACUCGUAUAGGGUUUAGAAAAAGAUUGGUAUAGUGAGUCAUUAUCAGCUUUUUGAAAUAAAAUUCGAGUAACAAGUAAUGAAAACUUAUAUACUUAAGCUAUAUUUGUUAUUGCUAUUGUGGGAGGUUAGGUCAUAGAAGAUUUUCUGAUCAGACAAUUCAAUUUAUUCAGAUAUAAUAGGGAGAACAAAGAUGAUAGGAGUUAGGCUAUUCAUAAAGUUAACAUUUUAACGUUUCUUUUGUGUUCAUAUUACAUUAUCAUAGUUCUCGAUUUUUGCAUCUAUCAUAUUGAUUAAUCUGCUGACAAGUAAAUUGUUACCUUUGUAUAUUAACAAUUCUUAUGAAUACAAUAUCAAACAUUCAAAUUAAUUUGAAUUGAGUUAUUAAAAUAAUGAUUUGUUGAAAAUUUUCUAACAUUUUGAUUUUUACUUACUCGAAAUACUUAUAUUGUUUCCUCAAAUGUUUAUAUAUGUUAAUAAUGAAUAAAUAAAUAAAAACAUGUUUGUUGUAAAAAAAUGUAUGCUAUGGAAAGUAGUAUAAUUAAUUCUGUAAUAAAAAAAUUAAUAUGCUACAAUACUUCUUAUUCGAAUUGCAACAAUAAACUAUUUACAAUCUA